AUGGACCCGCAGCAACAGCAGCAGCUUCUGCUGCUCGCUAAGGAGGUUGCAGCACUGCCCGACGCCCGGCCGGCUCCCGCAGUUCAGCAGCAGCAGCAGCAGCAGCGACAGCCUCUGUCAAGAUUCUCUGUGCUUGUUGAUGCAGUGCUUGCCGCUGCAAAUGCACCGCAGAGUAGCAGCAACAGACAGCUGCUGCUACAACUAGUGGAUGUACUGUCUACUGCUCUGACGCUGCAGCAGCAGCAGCAGCAGCAGCAGCAGCAGGCCCAAAAUUCUCCUUUGACCCCAGGGGAAGUGGACGCUGUGUUUGCUGCAGUGGAGGCAAUGGCAAAGCAGCAGCUGCAGCAGCUACAGCAGCUUCAGCAGCUACAGGAGCAAGAGCAGCAGAGCCUACCACAGCAGCCGCAAGAGCAGCACCAUCACGAGCUGAGAUUAUUGACUAAUGAGUUUGAAUUUCCAGAAAAGCGACAGCAGCAGCAGCAGCAGCAGCAGCAGCGACAGCAGCAGGGGCUGCCUCAAUUGCCUGAAGAUUUUGAAUCCCCCAGUCCGCCUGUGUCUGCGGCAACGUCCGCAGCAGCAGCCGCAACAGCAGCAGCAGCAGCAGCAGCAGCAACACCGGCAGCACCUGCAGUAACCCUGCAGCAGCAAUACAAGCCGCUGCCUAUCCGCACUUUUCUUGAAAAUGUCUACAGGGGCCCGGUGCUGCCGCAGCACACCGAGACAGCUUUGGCUUUCGGUAGCAGCAGCGAGAGCGACAGCGAAGAAAGGCGACAAAAGAAACGAAAGAAGGAACGCAGAGUCAAUGCAGCAGCAGCAGACGCUCUGUGGCAUCCCCACUUCCAUCCCCACAAUCAAACAUUAUCGUGCUCUCGUUUUGGAAGAGAGGGGGCGAAGCUGUUGACUGGGGCUUUCGUAGCUCGCUGGGAAGCAACAGGAAGAACAGUUGCUGAGAGGACAAACCGUAGCCGAUUGGCUUUAGCAGAUCUACCUGAAGAUACAGCGCAGCUGCCUGCUUAUGCACGCAAAAGAACCGAUAACAACCGUCACCAGCAGCCGACGCUCCAGCAGCGCCAGCAGCAGCAGCAGCAGCAGCUGCCCCCGCAGCAGCAGCAGUUGCCGCAGCAGCAUGAGUUUCAAGAACGCGAACAGCAGCAACGGUUGCUGCUGCCUAAGACCCCGCUGCUGCAGCGGACCGCAGCAGCCAUACAGCAGCAUUUCGUACACCCUGUUGAAAAUGCAUUUGGUGAAGACAGCUUGAUAACUGCUGCAUUAGAUGGGGCCCCUGCGAACGGCAAACUUCUCCGUUCCCAGGGCCUCUGGGGCCUCCAGGGGCCCCCACAAAGGGGGGCCCCCGCUUCUUGCUCUGUAGAAGAUAUCUCAGGCCCCUCCCCUACAUCUACACUUACUCCUUCCUGCUCUUCAGUGAGUGCAAAGAGCCCAGCAAGCCCUGAUCAGUGCUCACGUGAGGGGUUGGACGCCCUAUGGGCUGGGGGCCUCGCAGCAGGGGGGGGCCCCCAUGGGGGCCCCUAUCCUAGCCAAGCAGAGGAGGUGGCGAGGACCCUAUUGUCUCAGAAACGGCCGAAGGCCUUAGCAAGCUUGCCCAGAGAGCUGAUUAGCUGCCCUCCCGCCGCUGCUGCUGCUGCUGCUGCUGGCAGCAUCAGCAGCAGCAGCAGCAUCAGCAGCAGCAGCAGCAUUUGCAGCAGCAGCAGUAGCAGUAGCACCAAACAAACUCCGCCUUUAACGCGUAACGGCGCGAAGACAAACAACGGGGGGCUGAUAGAUUUGGGUUUGAAUACAGAUAUCUUGCAAUCGCUGCUCAGCAUGGGGGUACCUCAGGGGGGCCCAUCAUCUAGAGAUGGUGGGUGGCCCUCUGGGGGCCCCUGGGGCCCCAAAGGGGCUUCACGUGGAGGGGGCCCCUGGGCAGUGCUUGCGCCUGCUCCGCCUGUAACGCCUACUACUAGCGACACACGAGGAGGCUGCCAGGAAGGAGGGGAGGAGGAUCUGCUGCAGCAGAAGCAGCAGAAGCUGCAGAGGGCGGCCUUGCUUCCUCUCGAUUUGCUGCAGCAACUGGGCCAGGGAGCCCCGGUUGCUGAGGAGACGAAGCAGCCGCAGCAGCAGCAGCAGCAGAAGCAGCAGCAGUGGCAGCAACAGGAGAAACAGAAGAAACAGGAGGGAGGAGAGCAGAAGGAUCCUCUCAAGCUGCUGGAGGCUGCAGCAGCAGCAAAGCUGCAGCGGCCUUGUACAUCAGAAGAGCUGUCGCUUGUGCUAGAAGAAGUCCCAAUGAAGAAAGCAGGGGGGGCCCCCAACAAGGUGGGGAGCCCCUCUCCUUUAAAUGAAGCUGCUGCAGCGCAGGAAACUGGAGGCGGAGUGCCCCCUAGUGAUGUUUUGGGAGAUCUGAUAUUCCAGGCCCGAAAGAAAGGAGGGGGGGCCCCCAGCAGCAGCGGGUCUGCGGGGGCUGCAUCUUUUGUCUCCUUCGGCCGCCUGUGA